UAUUGGAUUAAGAUCAUCAUGUGAUUAGGGGAUCCUUGGGUCGAAAGUGUAACUCUGGAAAAAAUUCUCGAGGAAGAAAGGAUCGAUGAUGGGGUUUCGUUGUUAUAGACUGGGAUUGAUAUUUUUUAACAUCAUAUAUUUGAUCAUAGGCUUUGUUCUUAUACUUUGUCCAGCCUACUCCAAAGUUACAGAUCUUUUCACCAGUUGGCCAAUAGUAGGAGGCACCAUAGCAUGUGGAGUGUUUAUUAUGCUGGUUGCUGCGGUUGGAAUUUAUGGCGCUGUUAAGCAUCACCAGAUAAUUCUUUUCUUUUUCAUGGCAAUCAUGGUUAUCUUGUUCAUAAUUCUAUUUUCUGUAUCUUUGGCGGCACUCUGCAUAUCAUCAACUCAGAGGGAUAACCUUAUGUGGAAAGCUUGGAAAUCUGUUAGUAACAAAACUAAAGAAGAAGUUCAGAACGUUGGAGACUGCUGUGGUUUCAAUGCAACAUACAAGAAUAAAACUAAAGAUCACCCAUCAUGUAGUGGGCUUUCUUGUUGUCACGGAGAAAAGGCAUAUACCUGUCGCAAGUGUCCUACUUGCUAUGGCUAUUUAAGGGACAAUGGCUUGGACACAUUAAAGAAUGCUGUGGGAGGAAUAGGUCUCUUUUUUAGUUUUACAAUGUUUUUGGGAAUUUACUUGGCUUUCCGAUAUAGGCAUCUUAAAGAUCCAAGAGCAAACCCCAGUGCGUUUCUAUGACUGUAAACAGGUCCUAAAGGCUUCAGGACAAUUGCCUUAUUUACGUCAGCUUCAGCACCAAGAAGCUCCUUUGUUAUCAAAGCUGUGAACAGUCUCAAAGUUUGAGUAUUCCAAAGAAAAUUGCAGUCUUUUUUAGAGCCAUACAGGGUGAUAUAGAGUUAUUCACUUUACAGAAUGAAUCACUCCACUGUUAACAACAAAACUAAAUGACAUACACGAAAUAUAAAUGACACCUAGUCCUUUCCCAAGUUUUCUUUAAAGGGCAGUCAUAAUUUUUAUCAUGGUCAUCAUUAUCAUCUUUAUCAUCAUCAUCUCUUUAUUGUCAUUGUUAUUGUUCUUUUUUUCUCCUUACAGUAUUGAUUGAAAGUAAAUGUAGAUGAGAUAAACUGAAAGGCUUAUUUGUCAAUCAAUAUGGAGCUGCAACAACCCCCUCCCCCUCCCCCUCCCCUGUACAUCUGACCUUUCGAAGAUUGGUUUGUUGUAAUUCCUACCACCCUCCUUUCCCCCCCCCACCCACCUACCCCAAGGCAAAAAUUGCAUUCUGUUAUUCCAAUGCACCACUCAUGCACAAUUUUUUUAUUGAAUGAUUCAGUUUGUGAUCAAUGAAUGUUGUAGAAUGUAGCAAAGUCAUGAAUUAGUUAUGAGUACAUGUACAUAUUAGUUGUGUAUUUUGCUGGUUCAAAUAUGCCACUCACUCAGGCAAGUUUUUAAAAACUCCCCACCUCUGGAGCACAAACAACAGUAAAAUGCUUGUGGGUAGUCAAGAAGGAUGUUGAAGCUUCAAAUUUAUUGGCACUUUACAGUGGCAACCACACAACCUUGUAGUAUCAUUUCUGAGUGAAUCUGUAGAAUCAACUUCAAAAUGGAUUAAGGUGCAGAACCAUUUAUGAGAUAGUAAGUUCAUUUACAAGUGAACAAAAUCUCAUUAUAAAGGGAAAGAGUUAUUUCCAGUGUUGAAUUUAAGAGAAUAGACUGAAAGUAAUUUGGAAGUAGCUUAUUUAUAUGCUUACUUGUAGUUCUUACACAUACAUCUUGACUUUAAAAAAAUGUUAAAAGUUAAGCUUGGCUCACAUCAACUAUCAUGCCAUAGAAAUCUCAAGCUCAUAAUUUCAUUGUUUAAGAGUUUCUUUUGUUUAGGUGGACUUGUUCACAGUUAAAUUUCCAUCUGUGCAGCUAAGCUCUGUUCACAGGAAAGUUUUGAUGUUACUGAUUGGCCAGCCUCUUUUUAUGAUCUUGGAAUGCUGUGUAAUUUGACAUACAUUUGUAGGAAGCAAAUUACUCCUAUCAUUGACUAAAAUUUUGUCUUUGGACUUAAAAGAAUUCUAGUUUGUAAUAAUAAUAAUGUGCAAAAAAAAUUUCCCUAUUUGAGAUUUUAAAAAAACAAAAAUUCUAGGUUUUCAUCAUGAUGAGUUUGCACAUUUGAUCAUCUGCUUUAGUUAUUGUACAAAUUGCAGAAUAUUUAGUUGUAGAAAUAAAAUGAAUGUGAUAAGGUUACUCUCAGGUUAUUGGCUCAACUUUGUCUGUCAUUCUCAGGAAAAGCUGAAAAUAUUUUUAGAAUAUUACUGUGUCAUUACAACCAGCUACUGAAUGACCAAACAGCUAGAAAUCUUGUUACUCAGUCAAUAUAUGCUUAUUUUUUGAUUGUUUGCCUUUGUGUUGUGAUAUCCAUUAAGAUUGGUCAUAACACAAACAACAUUUGGGAACAGUUUAAGUGUUUUUUGCUUUACAAGUAUGACUUUAAACAUAAAACUUUUGGGGAUGAUUUAAAAUUGAUGUCUCACUAGAGGGUUAGCAUAGUAUAUGUUUAACAAAACUUGGAUUUCUUUUACUUUCUUUGUCUUACUGGGCUGGGCUGUUCAAAGCUGGGUUAAGUUAAACCAGGAUUAGUGUGAAAUCUGAUUUCAGAUCUGAAAGCUUAAAAAAAAUUCAGUUAAAUUCCAUUUGUCUACAGUUUGAUGAUUGAAUGCUCUAAAAAAGAAUUGGAAAAAAUAUCCUAAAAUGGCUUUUGAACAGAGAAAUAUAGAAACCUGGAUUAAACUCUUGGUUAGUGCUAAUAGACCUUUGAACAACUGGGCCUUGAUCUGUAAAAAUAAUUAAGUUGUGUUUUAGACAGGCAGCUUAUUGGACAGUUGACCCGGCAACUCUCAGAAGUGAUUGACAUGUAACUUCUCCCUUAAAAUACAUGAAAGAACUAACCCCUUAAAUUCCUAAGAUCUGAUUGUAAAUUCUCUCCUCAAACUGCCACACAUUUCCUUGUAAAUUUGUUAUGAGAAUUUAAGGUUAGAUCAAGCUAAUGGCCUCCACCUGAUAAGUUUGAGUAUUCUCCUCUCUUGUUUGCUAAAUUAUAUGUAGAUGUUGUUGGGAGAAGUUAGAGGUUAAUCACUUCUGGGAGUCAAAGGGUUAUGUGUUUUGACAGCAAACUUUAAUAUUUUACCUCAAAUAUUUUGAACUUGUAUUUGUAAUUUGUUCUUAUUCAGAGAUUUUUGCUUGUUUACAUUACAUCAGUAUUACUUCAAAAGUACAAAAACAUAGCUGUUACUAAAUUGUACAGUAGAUUGAAUAACAUUAUUAGCAAUGGUAAAGUAUGUUCAGAUGAUCAAUUGAAGGGUUACAGGUGAUUUUAGGUAAACUUUUGACUAAAAAAGUAUUAAACAUCAUUCUUGAAAUGUGAA